CCCCGCUCCGCAGCCAUGUGGAGGGCGGCUUGGGCCGCCAAGGCCCCCGCGCGGGCGCUGUGCCGUGCCCCGGCGCGCCGGGCGGUCAGCGUGGCCGUGACCCCCGCAGCCGGGCUGGCGGACGAGCGGGUGGACACGCGGGUGGCGGGGCUGGGCCCGGGGCAGCCGGUGACGCUGCGGGCGGUGGUGUCCGACGAGCGGGGCUGCCUGUUCCAGUCGUGCGCGCACUACAGGGCGGAUGGCCGCGGGGAGCUGCACCUGGGCACGGACGCGUCGCACGGCGGAAACUACACCGGCGUGGAGCCCAUGGGGCUCUUCUGGAGCUUGGCCCCCGCGGGCAUGGAGAGACCGUACCAGCGGCUCAUUCCCCGCAGCACCGACACCCCGAUGAAGGUGGAGAUGCUGGUUCACCAGGGCCACAGCCAGCACGGCGCCAUCCACGGGCCGGUGAUGGCCAAGGCCGAGGUGGAGAGGUGGUUCACGGCCCCCGGCGUCAGGAGGAUCCGGCUGAAGGAGGGCGGCGUGAGGGGCUCUCUCUUCCUGCCGUCGGGGGAUGGUCCCUUUCCAGGAGUGAUUGACAUGUACGGUGAUGAAGGAGGUUUGAUUGAAUUUCGAUCCAGUCUCCUGGCUACUCGUGGUUUUGCUGCUCUUUCUCUGCCAUAUUUUGACUUUGAAGAUCUGCCUAAGGUCAUGAAAGAAUUUAAUCUGGAGUACUUUGAGGAGGCAGCCAGAUUUCUACAGCGUCACCCAAAGGUGAAAGGGCCAGGAGUUGGAGUGAUUGGGACUGGGAAAGGUGCAGAAUUAGCACUCUCCAUGAUCACCUUCCUACCAGAAGUAGUGGCUGCCGUCUGUAUCUCCGGCUGUAGUUCCAACACAGUUGCAGACCUCCAUUAUGGUGAGAUAACUCUGCCCGGGCUGCGUUUCGAUAUGAAUAAGGUCAGCGUUUCUGACACUGGUGUUUUCGACACUUUUGAAGCUCUGGAUGACCCAGCGAAUCCUGCUAAUUCCUCUUGCACGAUCCCCAUAGAAAAAGCAGAAGGUCACUUUCUCCUAGUAGUAGGGGAAGCUGAUCGUAUGUGGAAGAGUUCCUUAUAUGCUGAGCUAGCAAUAGGGCGCCUGCGCCAGCAUGGGAAAGAAAACUUUGAACUGUUGAGUUAUCCAGGAGCAGGCCACAGAAUCGAUCCUCCUUCUACUCCGUUUUGUCAGGUAGCUCUGGAUCGUGUGCUGGGGGUGCCCGUCCUGGGGGGUGGGGAGAGCAAAGCACACGCUCACGCCCAGGAACAUUCCUGGGGAAAGAUUCAGGAGUUUCUACACUUGCAUCUGGGAUGAACACGUCAGCACCUGUACGUUGUUGCUGCUGAGCUUGAGCCGCCAAAAGGACUGGAGGAUUGGAAGUAUUGACCGAGAAAAGGUCUGAAAUAUGAAAUAGCCAAAUGACAGUUACAUAUAGAAAUCAAGACACAAAGGGAUUGAUUUGCACGAGCCUAAGUUAUUUUAAGUAGGUACGCAGAAGAAAAGUGGAGCGAUAAUAAGUAGGCUGCACUGUAGUACAAAUUUGAGUCUGAAUUGGUCAUGCUACCAAGAAACAAGUGUCUGAAGAAAGUGCUUUCUGAUGGGUGCUUUCUUGCUUGCAGUAUUUAUGAAUCAAAGAACUUCACUGCCAGCCCGUACCAUUAGAAAUGACAGAUAGUUCUCCCGGGAGAAGAAUGGCAACCUGUGGGCCAUGAACUUUGAUAUCAAAAUGAUGAAUGAUUCUGGCUUUGGGUCUUAAGUUAUUUUAGCCUAGAACUUUCUGAUUUAUAGCCAUACACUUUGGUACUUUGGACGUGUUUUCUACUUGCACAAAGCUGGGGAUCUUUGUAUGCAAUAAGUUUUUUAUACAUUGGCCAGAAACAGUGGUCUUCCAUUGGAAACAAUCUCGUCUCUUUCCAACAGCAGCUAUGCUUACAUUGAGAAAGUGAAGAGUACUUUCAUUUAUGGAGAAAGGCAGCACCAGAGCUGUCCUGUAUUGGGAAUAUGACCAUCUUGUUCCUAUAAUGCCGUGGAUUGGCAGUUGACUCUUGGGAGCACUGAAAUUCUGUUACGCAGCACAGUUAAAUGCAGUCAUACCAUCUGCAAAUCUUAAUUCUCUCAUUGUUUUAAAUAAUUAACACUUGUUGUUAAGCUAGAUUUUAA